GCUAGUUGCGCAACGAUGAGCGACAUCAGGUUGGGAGAGAGGUUUUAGACAGACUUGCUCCGCGGCUAAGAAUGCGCAAUCUGGUCAGUUCUACAAGUUAAGUUUACACAAUAUAUGUGCAAUGUUGAAACUCUCUGAUAAGGUAGGGGGUCGAAGUGGCACAACAAUUCUGUUAGAGGCGAUGUCCCAAGAUAAAGUCCACUUGGCCAAGUUUGUCCUGGACGCUCUGGAUGGCAAGAUCGUCGACUCGAAAACGGAGGGUGCCCAGACCCCACUCAUUUCGUCCGUUUUUCUACCAGACUCUCCGGUGAGAUCCAAGUUCAUUAAGCUUCUUUUGCAACGCGGAGCCAGCGUCAAUCACAAGGACGAGAGCGGACGGACAGCCCUGAGUCACGCUUGUGAGAAAGGCUACCUCGACGCCGUGAAGGUUCUGGUCCAGCACAACGCGGAUCCGGAGAUGGAGGAUUUGUGGGGGAACACUGCGCUCAUGUAUGCCGUCGUAGCAGGACACACUGUGGUCGUAGAGUUUUUGGUCAGGGCGUUCAAGCGCCUUGGACUACAAAUAGACAGGCAAAACAAAGUGGGGAACUCUGCGUUGAAGGUAGCCGAGUACCUUGGCCAUAAAGAAUGCUUGUAUGCGCUGACGAAUCCCUCCAAAAAAGUGAGUGAAUAUAUUUUGGGCCUACCAGACAGAGUUGGCAACGCAAGCGUCUUGGAAGACGUUGAUACACAUGAAGUCGCCCCUCAGAGGAAAACUCCAGAUCUCCCUGCGCACAAGCUGUCGGUGUGCGCCAAACACGAGAGCGCAACCAGAGAGGCGUCAUGUCGCUCCAAAACGGCUUUGAGUAAAAGGAGAUCUUUCAUUUUAAAGAAUCGCUUACAGUCAAUGGAUUCCAUUGAGGAGUAUGAGAAGGAGAGCGAAGGCUCGCCGACCUCCCAACAAGGCCUCUUUUUUUCGGGCGUCCUGACCCCGAUAACUCAUCAGAAAUCCAGAACUCCCCAGUUCUUAAAACAAGGAGAGAAGUCGAGCUCCGCUGAUGACCCCGGCUACCUGCCCCCGUUACCUAGAGGAACAGUCAGCCAGCCUCCUGCUCAGUUCUCCCCGAGGCCGUUCAAAAGUGUGCCAAAAAGUUCUACGCCUGCCACCUCUUCCUCGUGCUUCGUGACCAGCCCUCUUGGUAUCCUCAUGACCCCAAUAACGGGGAACGUGGCCCAUGACAAUGCGGACAAGGAAAAAGCCAAAAAAAGCACCUUUGACUUCGGCAUCCGGAGAUUCGAUGACAGCUACUACCAAAAACGCUGCAGCUUGCCCACCAGCCUGCUGAGCCCCCUGCCCCCGGAGCGCGCGCAGAUGCCGGUGCGCAAAGUCAAAGCGGUGCGAAAGAAUCCGCCGUCUCAGGGGUACACGGAGCCCGCAGAAGUGCAAUCGCCACCGGCAUCAACCACUUUCUCUGUCCUGGGCAACAAACUGUUAAGGCGCUUUACUUUCCCGGAGUUCAAAAAGACCGGCAAGGAGCUGCAAGACAGUGAGUGUCCGGCGCAGAGUGGGACUGGCCAGCCUAUGGCUCGUGGGAUGCCCAGGUCCGAGACGUUUCCCCUGUGCACGAACCACCCUCAGGUCGGCAGCAAGCCGAGCAUAGACAGUAUCAGCGCGGUAAAGUGCGAGUUUGAGUGUCUACUAUUCCGGAACCCAUCAUACAAGCGUGACUCCUCGCUGCUUAGCGGAGCGCGUGCCUUCCCCUCCUCCAUCUCCACCUCCUCCUUUCGUGACUUUUUUCCGACUCCUCCAUCGGUAUUUUCCCAGCGGAAGUCCACCCGUUUGACUAUGGAGCUACGCAGCUUCAGCACCAUGGACACCGCCAGACUUGUCCUCUACUUGCUCGGCACUGUGACACGACUCGUGGUGAUGGCCGAGCAAGAAAGUGAGAAUCUGUCAGGACUGUCCAACAACCCGGACAAAGACAUAUUUGCCGUCCGGGAGAACGGCACUACUUGUUUGAUGGCUGAGUUUGCAGGCAGAUUCAUGAUACCUUACGACGUGCUAGCACUGAACGGCAUAGAUCUAAUUACAGAAACGGCAAGCGUGACUCUACCCCGGGGGGCUGGGGUUGAGGGGAGGUGCGGACCUAACGAAGCGGAGCUUCACAUCUUCUGGGCAAACAACGCUUACAUCUUCCGCCUCUUCUUUGUGAAGGAAACGCGCCAUACAAAAGAUCCGAAUCAAAAGGAGAGCGAGAUAUGGAAAAUUAACAAGGUCCAAUUGGUCUAUGAUACGUCAGAGACUACGCAUUUUAUCAGUGCAUACAACCCUGGGAAGCACACAGCCAACUCACACAAAUUGUCUGCCUUCGUGACCCCUGGGGGCCGCUCGUACGUGUGCACAGCUCAGCAGACACUCACGCUCCUCUCCACCGACCACCAGAAGGGUGUCACCAUCGCCCUGUCCGACAUCCACAUCCAGCCCUUCGACAUCCAAAACGACUUUAUGUUCAGUGAUUCAUAUAAGUGCAUCACAGACCAGCAUGAGCAGCUGGAGGAAACUCUUCCCCUGGUACUAGGGCUUGUCCUGGGCCUGAUCAUCGUCAUCACCCUCGCCAUCUACCACUUCCACCUCAAGCUGACCGCACAAGAGCCGCAGCUGCCCCGAGACCGCUCCCUCUACAAGAACAUGUGAAAGAGGCGACCCAGGCGACCGCAACCGCUACAAAAACGUGUGAAGGACUCCACUUUCUCUCUCUCCUUCUCUUUCUCUAUCUCUCUCUCUCUCUCUCUCUCUCUGCCUCUCUGUCUGUCACCAAAGGGCCGCUAAUUUAACCAGGUCAGACCCAAACGCACAAGAUGGUGACCAGAGUUAGCGGCCUUCUGGCCCUACACUGUCCCACACACACACACAUGCCCACACACACACACACACACACACACACACACACACACACACACACACACACACACACACACACACACACACACACACACCUUACACACCAAUAAGAACUCUUUCAGUUGCUAUUUGUUUCUUGGGCUCAUCUGCUCAAUUGCUGUUCUGUCUGUCCAACUGACCGUCCUUGUUGUCCGGUGAAAGAGCCUCGUCCGCGUCACGCUGUCUCUCUCCCAUCCGUAAUGUACUGUAGUGAUGAAACGUAUGUGUGUUCUGUAGAUGAUUUAUCAGAGUUGAUUUGACAUUCCAUUACAUGUUGCUUCCUGGCAAAACCGUGUGAAGAACAUGCAUAGACUAUGCUGGUAACACUUUGUGAUGAACAGACAAGGGAAGGAAAAGCUUUCAUAUGCUGUUGAUUGGGAGAGAAGGGGCAUCAAAUAUGGGCUUAAGGAUGAGGGUGAGAAUGUUUACACGAGAGUAAAUUAUUUUCUGAAUUUCUAUGCAUUCAGAGGAUCCACGCGCUGCACAGUGUUGAAAGCCUGAAAUAAAGGAUUCUGUGUGUGUCCAUUCCUCUAAUUGUGAUGUCAUUUGUAUAAAGUGAAGACACCAAUAAAAUAUUUAUUUAAUACA